AUAUUGUUAGGCUCGUCGUCAAGUGCAACCGUGGCACCUCUCCGCCCUGCUCCCUGCCAUGGCCUCCCCCGCCCUGUGUUGACCUGUGCUGACCUGCCUCUGACCCCGCUGCGCCGACCCGACCCGGACAUGGCCGCCGAGAAGAGCCUGCCCGUGCAGCUGUACGGGACCUCCUCGCUGUGCUUCGAUAAGGAUGACUUCAUGAAGGAUGACUUCUCCGUGGAUGCCUUUGUGCGUGUGCAGCAAGCAUCAGGGGGCUGGGGGCUGGAGGGGCUACGGGACCACCUGGGGGUGUACCUCAAGAUCCUGCGCAGUGCCAUGAUCGAGCUCAUCAACAGGGACUAUGCAGACUUUGUUAACCUGUCCACCAACCUGACUGGACUCGACCGCCUCAUUGACGCCCUGAAGACACCCCUUGGCCAGCUUAGGGAGGAGGUGCUGAGUGUUGAGCGCCUGCUGAGUGAGGCCAUCAACACCACCUCCCGGGACCUGGAGCACCGCCGCCGCCUGACCCAGCAGAAAGCGCUCCUCCACCGCCUCUCACAGAUUGCCAGCCGAUUAGAAAGACUGGAGGAGCUACUGAAGGGUGGGGGGCUGCGCGGAGGCGAGGGGGGUGGCGGAGGGGGGCUGGAAGGGGGCGGCAGUAACGGAGGGGGAGGAGGAGAAACAGGCCUGGUGGAUCGGUUAGCAGCGGAAGUCAACCAUCUGAAUUUCCUGGUGUCCCACUGUGAAGGUGCGGCGAUGUUGGAUGGGUUUAAACCGAGAGUAGCGGAGGUGUGCCAGCUGGUCGAGAGGGGCCUGGAGAGGGGGCUCCGUGAGGGGGUCCUGAAUCGUGACCUCCCCCUCCUGCAGCAGACCCUGAGGACCCAUGCCAGCCUGGGGUCCACCGGUCAUGCCCACCAACUAGUCCGCAGCCUCAUACGGAAGGAGGUGCAGGAGGUGAUCAGUGAGUCAGCCCUCCGCCAAGACCCCAGGGGCCUGCCGGGGCUGUACAGCAACACACUGGAGGCUGUCAACUCUGUGUGCCGCCCCCUCCUGGCCCUCACCACCGGCAACAGGUCGGACGUGGUGCGCGGGUAUAGCUUCCUGGAGUGUUCGGCCUGGCCUGAGAUUUCGUCCGCCCUGCACACCAACGUCAACGGAAUAUUCAACCCAGGCAACCCAGCGCUGUUCCAUAAGAGGUACAGCGAGACCAUGGAUUUCCUGGAUAGCUUCGAGGCACUGCUUGGGUCGAGGGCGCGUGUGGCAGCCUUCAGGGGCACCGAGGACUACAAUGCCUUUAUGCAGCUUUGGAACCUGCCCGUGUACUUCCAGAUCAGGUACCAGGAAAUAGGCCAGGCCGUGGAGUCCAGCCUCGUCCACAACACCGACGGCCUCACCCCCGCCACCGCCGCCCCGCCCUCCACCCUACCACCCACCCCAGCCUCCGCCACCUUCCACCUGGCCGCCACGCGCACCGCCUGGGAGGGACUCAACCGCUGCUUUGGGCGAGAGGUCUUUCUCCUGCCUCUUCUGCACCGGUUUUGGAAGCUGGCCCUCCUGCUCCUGGCUCGUUACCGCACCUGGGUUAGCCACACCUGCGCUAGGCUCAAGGCUGCAGACCUCACAGCCCCUCAGCCCCAGCCCAGCAAGACCCAGGACACCACCACCACCACUGCCUCCACCACCAGCACCACCAGCACCUCCACCAGCACAGCCAGCAACAAGGCACAGACCAACACAGACAAGUCCUCAUCUCACAGCAGAUCCAGCAGUUUAGACAAGAGCCAGAUCGCAGUCAUCACCUCCAGCAGUGCCAGCAGCAGCAGCAGGGAGGCAGCGGUGGGCCUAGUGAGGGACCUGCAGCUUCUGUCCUCCCUGCUGGUGCCGGAGCUGUACGCCAACACCAUCGCCCCCCUGCUCGCGCCCCUGCCCAAGGAGAAGCUGGCCCUGCUGAAAGACGAACUCGGGGCCCAGAGUACCGCGUUAGAGGGCUCCAUCACCGACCUCAGUGACAUCAUAACAAACAGCCUGACCUCCUCCGCCGCUGCACCACUCCGCCAGGUCGCCGACACCCCAAGACUCUACCGCAGGACCAACCGAGCGCCCCCAUCCACCCACCAGCCUUAUGUCGCCUCUGCCGCUGCCGUUCUGUCGAGUUUUGUGGUGCAGUGUGAGGGGAAGGUGGAGGAUGUGCUGGUGGUGAGGUGGUUAACGAGAGUGGCCGGGCAGGUGUCGCAGAGGUACCAGGGCCUGACGUAUGAAGUGCUGAGUUCCGCCCACAAGAUGGAGGAGUCGCUGAGGAGGCUGAAGAGGGCGCGGGACAGGGGGGCGGGGGGGCCUGAGGGAGCCUCCACGGGACUGUCCGACCACGACAAGAUCCGCGCCCAAAUAUGCCUGGAUGUGGAGUACUGGGGUGGACAGCUGCGGUCCCUCUCCGUGGAUGUGGACGCAGUUGACUCCUUCACCUCCCUGCUGGCCAUGGUGCAGAGGGCCAGGGAUGGGAGGUUUGUACCAUGAGCACCACCACCAUCACCACCACCAGCACCACCGCCAUCACCACCGCCAUCACCACCACCAUUACCCUUGUCCUGUGGUGGUGGUGGUGGUGGUGGUGUGGGGAUGUCCAAUCAUAAUUUUGCUUCAAGUUUGUUAUGUAUUAAGUGACCCGAGUGCUUGUUGUAUGCAAUAAUAAAGUUGUUAUGUUGUUGA